AUGGUACUUGGUAAAAAGUUUAACGGGUAUAUAAUCGACGAAAUGUGCAAGCAGUUCCCAGAUGACAAGUAUAUUGGAGCCUUCCACGGUUUGAAACCCGUCCUGAUUCCUAAAGAUCCAGAAAUUAUUAAGUUGAUCGUGACUAAGGAUUUUUACUACUUUCAUGGAAGAGCGUUAUCGAAAUAUAAUGACAAGGAACCCGGUGGCUUGAACCUCUUCGGCACAUAUGGUGAUAAUUGGAGAGUUAUCCGGCAAAAUAUGACUCCACUGUUUACAUCAGCGAAAAUGAGGAACAUGUUCCAUCUAAUAGAAAAAUGUUCCCACGAAUAUGAAGCUAUGAUAGAUAGAGAAAUUAAAAUUUCCAAGGAACACGAUGUGAUGCCAAUGACUACAAGAUUUACUAUGGACUGUAUUGGAGCCUGUGCUUUUGGUAUAGAUACAAAAACUAUGACAGAAGAAGAAGACGAAAAUCCAUUUAGGAGGAUAAUUCGUGGGUCAAAACCAAACAAACGCAUGAUUUAUCAGGGUAUGUUACGAUAUUUAUGUCCUGAACUUUAUUAUGCACUUGGUUUUAAAAUGCCGAGUACUCAAUUGGAUUUUCUACAUAAAUUGAUAACAUCUGUGAUGAAUCAACGGGGCAACAAACCUUCUGAAAGAAAUGAUUUUGUCGACCUCAUAAUGAGUUGGAAACAAAAGCAACAUAUAGUGGGAGACAGCAUCAGGAAUAUGAAAACUGGUGAAAAUGAAAAAGUGGCGUUGGAAGCAAGCGAUGACUUAUUAAUAGCUCAGUGCUAUGUUUUCUUUGCUGCUGGGUUUAAAACAUCAACUACUGCUCUAAGUUAUACUUUAUAUGAAAUCGCAAAACAUGAAGGUAUUCAAAACAAAGUAUUUAAAGAAAUAGAUUCGUAUUUAGCUCGUCAUAAUAAUAAACUGAAUUACGAUUGUGUUACGGAGCUGCCUUAUUUGGACGCUGUCAUAGACGAGACAUUCCGGGUCUACCCAGUGCUUAGUACAAUCCCACGGGAGCUGAUGGAGGACUAUACUAUGCCCGAUGGAACAAAAUUGGACAAAGGGAUAGGUGUAGAACUGCCCGUAUACCAUCUUCACCAUAAUCCCAAAUUCUACCCAGAACCUGAGGUGUUUCGUCCAGAACGUUUUCUGGGUGAGGAGAAAAAAAAUAUCAACCCGUAUGUAUAUUUGCCGUUUGGAGAGGGACCGAGAGUUUGUAUAGGUAUGAGGUUUGCAAAGAUGCAGAUGUUAGCUGGUCUCAUCACGAUGUUGAAGAAGUAUCGCUUGGAAUUAGCUGAUGGUAUGCCGACGAAAUUGAAGUUCAAGGCCCAAUCCUUUAUCACCCACCCAGUAGGAGGGAUCAAGAUCAAGUUUAUUGAGCGAGAAGGGUGGGAGAGUAGGGUGUUUGCCAAGGAUAACUAA